CAUUAUUGUGAAGUCUUAUUGUGUCGUUAAACAUCAAAGUGUCAACAGACUCGAAAAGUUUUUCAACAUAAUAAUUAUUUGGCGUCAUAAAAGUUUUCAACUGCCAGUGAGACUUAGACGGAAUGCGUUAUGGCAGCCGUAACUUUUAAAUCACCAUCACCAUUCCAUUCAGGCGACGUUUCAAGACGGUCAUUACUUGGCACCAAUUUAGAUAAAGUGCUUGAUAUCAACGAGCCUAUUCCAAUGGAAAAUGAACCAAUAAAUAGUUACAGAAGUGUUGAGUUAUCUGAUCUUAGACAAUCUUAUGAGAAUCAGAAAUCAAAAUUAAAACAAUUUGAUGAUAGCUUUAGAGAGACACAUACAAGAGCUUUGAACUUUCAAAUCACAGAACCACAUGGAUAUGCUGAACAGCCUAAGAUAGUGAACGUUAGUGGUUUGAAUGAGGCACUUAAACCUGAAAAACCAAAAUUUCGUCAAAGUCACUAUGGUUAUCCGUAUAAAAUAAUGGGAGAUGUAUUCUGUUCAGCAACUGAAUCUGGUCGAGGUUCAUCAAGAACUCCACAAGUCGACGUAACGCCACGGUUGGGCAGACGAUCUGAUGUGCGAAAUGAUGGAUUUAAUGCCGAGUUCUUGACCCACAAUACAUUUAAUUCUAAUAAUAACAGCAGCAAUAGCGAAGCAGAAAAAUCAGGACCAAGCAGCAUUUUAAAACUACCAGCUAAUAUAAGGCACACUUUUGGUAGUCGUAAUUGUGAUGAACUGUUAUCGGACACUGUCAAAGUACACGAUACCAUUGAAAAACAAAAUCAGUUAAGGCGUCCAAUAUCUAGAAACAUCACAAAUGUAGGCCAAUCCAGUAAAUCUAAAACGCCGUUAACUGAUUAUGAAGAUCUAGGACACAAUACGAGAGUAAAUCUGUUCCCAGGAUCCCAUGUGAAGAAUGAAAUCAGUGCCACUAAAAGUGAUUUUAAUGAAAGAGUAUUUCUGAAUAGAGAACCAGAGAGUGAUAAAUAUAAGAUGAAACGAGAUGAGCUAAGCACAUGGGCUGAACGAAAUGUUAUUAGAGAAAGGUUGAAGAAAGCAUGGGACGGUUGUUGGACAGAACAUAAUAUUCUUAGACAAAAAGAAUCCAUAAAGUGGCAGGAAUAUGUAGAAUCAAUACCAAAGCAAAUCGUAACAUGGGAUAGGUCAGCAACACGAACCAAACCACCACCUCAAAUUCAACCAGUCCAACAACCGAGGAAACGACAACAGAGGCCCAAACCAUCACCGAAAGUGGAAGAAAUUAUCCGAAGUCCUCUAGAGGAUGAAUAUGUUUUUAAAACUCCACCAUUAACACCUCCACCUGUCCUUCCAUCUCCCGAAAAACUCCCAGAAAACUUCCAAAAAGAUGAUGACUUUUGGGAGUUCUUUGAUCAACCAAUUCCAAAAUGA